AUGGCCAUCGAGAUCCUCCCUUUAACGAAAGCGGACAUCCCCGAGGCCGUAGAGUGCAUCCAGAAAGCAUUUGCCGACGAUCCGUACUUCCACUGGGUGUUUAACGAUCCAUCCGGGUUCAACAUCCACCGCAACGCCGCCUCCCUAACCGCCCACUUCCUCUACGGUCUCUCCUGCAACGAGCCCAUUUACAUCGCCAAAUCCACCGCCCCCAAAGACGCCUCCGACAAGUACCCCCCCGCGGGUCCUAGCGUGGUCGGCGUCUGCUGGUGGUUCAGUCCGCAGCCUCCCUCCAAAUCCGUGCCCUGGUCCGUCUGGGCCCAGGACUGGCUCCUCUCCUUCCGACAGCUAUUCUUCAACAUCAAGUUCGGUGGCCGGGGAGGUCUUAACGUCCGUCGGUACUGGAUGUGGAAGGAUCGCCAGCAAAAGACCCAUGAUAAAGUGUGGACGGAUCCCCGGGGAUAUUACUUCUGUAAUGUGAUUGCAGUGGAUUCGUCGAUGCGGGGGAUGGGUGUUGGUCGGAAGCUAGUCGAGAUUGUUUCUCAAAAGGCAGAUGCUGAGGGUAUGCCGUGUUAUUUGGAGAGUUCGAAGGGGUUUCCGAAUCUGGCUAUCUAUGAGAAAUUGGGGUUUGAGUUGGUGAGUGAGAUUGAUUGUGUGGAUGGGGGGGAUGCGUGUAAGCUGUAUUGUAUGAUUCGGCAGCCGAAGAUUAAAGCGUAGCUUUUUACUACUUAUCUGGGUACUAAGAGCACUUGCCAGGAGUCGGUGGUUCGCAGUGAUUUGCUGCUACAAAAGUCUCUUGGUUAUGCUGCGUGCGAACGCAUCCUCUACAACAAUUACUUCUCAUCUCAUUGUUCUAUAGCAUCUGAACUACAAAUGCCAAAUACAUUCCUUAUGUU